AUGAUCAACGAAGUUACUUGGAUCGUGGUCCUUACCACGAUCGGACUGUGCUGCAGUGCCUACGGAAACGGAGGCAACGAUGUGGCCAACUCGUAUGCCACGUCGGUGGGCUCCCGUGCCCUCAAGCUAUGGCAGGUUGGCGUCCUGGCUACCGUGACCGAGUUCGUCGGCGCCGUGGCAUUUGGGUCCAGGGUGACGGGUACCAUCAAGUCAGGCAUAAUCGACCUCGACCGCUUCCGCUCGCAGCCGGCGAUGAUGGUGCUCGCCAUGGGCUGUGCCGAGUUCGGCGGCGCGGCCUGGCUCCUGACGGCCACGCGCGUCGGCUUCGCCGUGUCGACGACCCAGACAGCCAUCGGCGCCCUCAUCGGCGCCGGCCUCGCCUCCCACGCCGACAUCAAGUGGGGUUGGGCCAAGGGCAGCGUGUCCCAGAUCGCCGCCUCGUGGGGCAUCGCACCUUGUGCCGCCGCCGCCGUCUCCGCCGCCAUCUUCGCCACGAUGAAGUACCUCGUCCUCGAGCGCAAGGAUAGCUUCCCCAGGGCCAUCCGCGCCAUCCCCUUCUACUUCGCCUUCACCGCCACCGUCCUCGCCCUCUUCUUCACCAUGGAGCUGCCCAUCAGCCCCGGUAUCCGGGGCGAGGGGGCUCUCCAUCCCGGCGUCGUCGUCGGCAUCGCCCUGGGCGUCUUUGCCGCCAUCUUCGCUCUAUCCUCCUUCUUCUUUGUGCCGUACGUCAAGCUCCGCUUCGUCCGUCUGGACCCCCGUGCGCGCAUCUACCACGUCGUCCUGGGCCCGCUGCUCAACCGCGAUGACCCGCCCCUAUUCUGGCCCGGCGACGAGAAUGUUGCCGCGGCCGUCAGGGACUACUAUGCCGACGCAGGCCACGGCAAUGCCUCCACCACCCCUGAAAGCCUGGAGAAGGGCGCAGGCGACGGCUCCCAGGCCGGCGGCGCCAACAAGCACGUCGAGCCCGAGGAGCGCUGGCUGGAGCCCUGCAAGCACUUGAGGCUGACGGACCGCACCCGCCUGUUCGGCAUGGUCAAGUACUACCUCCUCCGGGGCGUGAUGCGCGACUGCGUCACCCACGACACGUCCGGCGAGAUGGCCAGGGUCCACGCCUGCGCCCGGCGCUACGAUAACCGUGUCGAACACCUCUGGACCUACGCCCAAGUCAUCUCGGCCAUGAUGAUGUCCAUCGCCCACGGGUCCAACGACGUGUCCAACGCGCUCGGCCCCUGGGUCGGUGCCUACAACACCUGGCUCACCGGCGAGGUCACCGACGAGGCCACCAUCCCCAUCUGGAUCGUCGUCGUCGCUGGACUCCUCCUCGGCGUCGGCUUCUGGUUCUCCGGGUACCGAAUCGUCCGCACCAUGGCCAACGACGUCACCCGCAUGACCCCCGCGCGCGGCUACGCCAUCGAGAUGGGCGCCGCCAUCACCGUCCUCGCCGCCUCCGCCCUCGGCCUCCCCAUCUCCACCACCCAGUGCCUCACCGGCGGCCUCAUGGGAGUCGCCCUCAUGAACCUAGACCAUGGCGCCGUCCGCUGGUCGAAACUGGUGCGCAUCUUUGGCGGCCGCCGGAAGCUCUCUAUCUGUAUGGCCUGA